AUGGAGAUGCUGGUUCUUAGCUUUCGUCGCUUGGUCCUUGGAUCAUUCAGUCUCGAGAUAGGUCUAGAUUUGGGCUCUCGCCGGUGUUUGCUUUCCUUCUCGCCGUCAUCUUUAUGUCGGACCUUCGACGGUGGUGGACAGCAGUGGGACUUGGUCUAUGUGUCUUGUGCUCUAGCCUCCGUUUCUCUUAUGGUGGUGGUUGGGUUCCGUAUCUUCAAUCCAUCGGAUAGGGGUCUCGGUGCCGGAUAUGUUGUGAUACGUCAGAGCUUCAAAGGCACUUCCUCUGUUAUGAAGUUGUUAUGCUUUGGUUUGGAUGCUAAUUUCAAUUUGAUUAAGGCUUCGACCGAGACCUCGGUUUCGAGUUCUAGACAACCAAUGGGCCAUUUGAUCUCCGGUUUUAAAAUCAGUUCACUUAACCGAAGUUCUUUGGCAAGGUUUGGAUCAGGUCCUUACGCCCUUGUCUCACCCUAUCUCUAUAUGAAUGGGGCACAAGAAAUAGAUUGGGAUGAGGUAUGCUAUCACUCCUUCAAGACGAAUAAGGCCCUAGGUUUAUCUUCCUAUCAGCUCUCUUUGGAUCAGUCGUCUCUUGGUUAUCGUCUUUUUCAUUAG